CAGUUUUGUAUGUUCCACUGAGUCCACCAAUAAUGGAGACAGAGCUUGUACUUUCCGCAGCCUCAACAUAUUGCUAUGCAGAUCAUCGUCGCGACUGUUGUGUAGUGUUGUACAGCCGGCAUCUUGGCCAUCAUGGUGAAGAAGAGAAUAAGUCGGGCGGAGAUUGUAUGACCUCGGUGUUUUGGUAUAUAUUUAUGAUUGGUGCCUAGCUGCCAACUACCUGGAACGACCAGACGAAAUUGUGACCUUUCCAGUACGAAAUUGUAACUUACCAGACAAGGACUUGCUAGAGGUGAAUGUACAUGGGGAAAUCGGCUGACCUCACGGGUGGACAUGGCUACUACUACCUAAGCCUUGUACGCAGCUAUAAGACCAAGGCUGGCUCCACCGCAUAAGCGAAACGAGACCUCCAGACCACCCCGCGCUUUCUUCGCGAACAUUUACAACUCCGCAUCGAAGACAUCAAUCUCACACAUUCUCAAACCGCCAUUGGGCCUGGAAUCUCUAGUCAGACAUCAUGUCCGAGCCCAGAAAAAACCAUGAUAUUGGCGCUACGUACGUAUUCAUCUCGAUCUGCGCGGCUACGCAGGUGAGGGGGAGUUGCUUGAUCCAACUCUUGCUAAUGCGCUCCAUCCAGCACUGCCACUACAACUGGCGCCGAUGUCUCCCCAGCGGAAAAACCCAAGGCUUCAAUUGCAGGUGGUUCAACUCGUCACAAGAAAGACGUAGCAGCAAUCAAAGAAAAUACUACGGGAGAGUAAGUUGGCACCCACCACUCCGUUCAUAUGGCACAUGACCUGGCUAACAAUUUACAGAAUUAGGAACCCUCUCGCCGGUAUUCCCAAGGCCCAACUCCUGCAAGAUGUUGAUGAGUUUGCUGCUCAAUAUGGACUUGAAGACAUCAAACAUUGGAUCAUUAAGGGUGCUCUUGUAGCUCAGAGUCCACAUUACAUUGAUAAUAUUGCAGAAAUAGAUGAGGAAGAUCGACAUGUUCUACACGAGGAGGUUUCCCAUAAGUGGAAGCAUCCUAGAACCUUAUACGUGACCAUCAUUAUGGUGAGUAGCUCCUUUCGUUUUCUUGAUCCACUAGCUUAUAGCCAUCGACACCAUCUUUGCUUUGACGAUUUGUGUAUAACGAAAAGGAAAGCAGUACUGAUGCCUGACAGAACUCUAUUGCCGCCGCUAUUCAAGGAUGGGACCAAACUGGUAAAAGCGCUUGAUGGCAUAGUGAUUGGGAACGUACACUGAUGUUCGGCAGGCUCUAACGGUGCAAAUCUUACCUUUGGACUCGAUCUUGGUAUCCCUGACUCCCCUCGAGAUGCUGCAAAUCCCGGAGGCUGCAUUUCGGCAUCUGAAUGCAAUACGAACGCAUGGCUUGUGGGUUUCGUCAAUUCAUGCCCCUACAUUGCUAUCUGUCUCUUGUAAGCUUACACCUACGACGUUCGUCUCUUGCGACGGACAGCCUUAAAUGCACAUUGUAGGCUGCUAAGAUCUAUGAAAUAGUGCUGCCUGGAUCUCCGACCCUAUCAACAAUUGGAUCGGCCGUCGUGGUACUAUCUUCGUUGCCGCUAUAUUCUCUGUUCUCGCUCCAAUUGGUUCUGGACUUGUACAAACAUGGGGACAAUUGGUCGCUUGUAGAGUUUUGCUUGGACUAGGAAUGGGUCUCAAGGAGGUUACGGUUCCAGUCUUCUCUGCUGAAGCAGCACCUACAAACAUUCGUGGUGGAUUGGUAAUGUCGUGGCAAACAUGGACAGGUAACUUCCCCCUUCUUAAUUUAUACUACGAUUUUGAGACGUUGUUUUACCCCGAAUUUGUCUUGAACCUCUAUUAUGACUAAACAUGGAAAUGCUGACUCUGACAGCUUUUGGAAUUCUACUGGGGACAUGCGCAAAUUUGAUUUUCGCCAAUUCCGGUGCAAUUGCCUGGCGUCUUCAAGUUGGUUCUGCUUUUGUUCCUGCCAUUCCUCUUGUUAUUGGUAUCUGGUUUUGUCCUGAAUCUCCUCGUUGGUUGAUGAGAAAGCGUCGAGUUGCUCAGGCAUACAAAUCACUUCUUCGACUUCGUAAUACGCCCUUACAAGCCGCUCGUGAUCUUUAUUACAUCCAUGCCCAACUUGUCUAUGAGGACCUCCUCCUCGAGGAAUCUGGACUAGCUAAGAGUGGAAACAUGUUCACUCGAUUCUUUGAGUUGUUCACUAUUCCACGUCUCCGAAGAGCUACAUGGGCUUCUGGUGUUGUUAUGAUCGGACAGCAGAUGUGCGGAAGUGAGUAUCUCUUUCCCGAAGAUUCAGACGUAGUGCGGUCUAACUUUUGAAUAGUCAAUAUCAUUGCUUUCUACUCUUCCACAAUUUUUAAGGAAUCAGGAGCGAACAAUGUUACAGCACUUCUCGCCUCGUUUGGUUUUGGUCUCGUCAAGUAAGUGAAGUCUAAUCCAAGCCCGCUGAGAUUAUCUCAUUUUUGUAAACUACGUCAUUUAGAGCUUACAUAAAAUCAAACCGAAAGUUACUAAUCUGUCUAUAGUUUCGUAUUCGCCUGGCCUGCAGUAUGGACCAUCGACACAUUCGGUCGUCGCGGCCUCCUUCUAUUCACAUUCCCAAACAUGUGCUGGACCCUACUCGCAGCUGGAAUGAGCUAUUACAUCCCCAACGUAGGCAAAAGCCGUCUCGCCGUCAUGUCCCUCUUCAUUUACAUCUACGACGCCUUCUAUUCACCCGGCGAGGGACCCGUGCCCUUCACCUACUCUGCAGAAGUCUUCCCUCUCUCCCACCGAGAAAUCGGCAUGUCCUGGGCUGUCGCGACCAACAAUUUCUGGGCCACCAUCGUAUCUCUGACCUUUCCGCGCCAACUCAAGGCCUUUGGUAUCCAGGGUGCGUUUGGCUUCUAUGCUGGAAUGAAUGCGCUUGCUUUCAUCAUGAUAUUCUUGUUUCUGUAUGAGACCAAGCAGAGAAGUUUGGAGGAGUUGGAUUAUGUCUUUGGUGUCCCGAUUACGCAGCAUGCCAAGUAUCAGGCCUUUACGGUUGCCCCGUGGUGGUUCAGACGCUAUGUGCUUAUGCGGAAGGGUGAGGUUUGUCCGGAUCUUUGUAAGUUUGAGCACGAGACAUGGACCGAGAGUGAUGAGAAGGAUAAGCAGGUUGAGGUGGAGACUAAGCAUAUUGUCUAAAAGCGUUCGUUGGGACUUGGUAAGGUGUGAGGGACGGGAGAAAAUUGGACCCGCUACCCUUAUUUCCUGCUUAGACUUUUCUCACGUUGGCUUUCCUUGAGGGAGAGUUGGGGGAUUCUUCGAAGAAGGGUUCUUUUGACGUUGGUUCGAGGUUUCUUGAAUAAGCCACUGCAUGAAAACCCAUACGGGUGAUCUGUAACGCUUUGGCAAUUCUUUUAUUUGAAAUUGAUUGAGUUAAUACUAGGCAGUUACUAUUAAUGAAGUUGUUUUCCUGAAGAUCUUUCUUUUUCGUUCUCUUG